AUGUCCAAAGUUAUUGAUUCGGAUCUUACCCCGCGUCCCGUGAAACGUCGACAACCGCCCCUCGAGUAUUUGCCAACUGCGGACAAGCUUCCAUGUUACACUUCAGUCCAAUUCGAUCCAGAAAUUCCGCUAGAAGGCAAGUAUACACUGCAAGAGGCGCUGAGUACAAUGAAAGGGGAGUUCCCACGUAGCUGGAGCGACAAAGCGAUGAGCUCCACCAAAGAGCUCAACAAGACGGAGAAGAACCUCUCUGAGGAACAGCAGCUUCGAAAGCUCGUAUAUCUUCCAGACCUCGUGGAUCGUAUUUUGCCGUUAGCAGUAGACUUCCUUAAGAAUUAUGAAAUGCACCUUCAAAGCGGCAAAGACUUCCACAACUUCCUGCGCGUACACGUCGCCGUGAAACGCAAAGAACUCGCGAAACUAAUCUGGAGUGAGAAGGAGAUAGAGAAAUAUGCCGAUAAUCUCUUGUUAGAUCGUGCUCUAGCAGCAUUGCGCGCAAUCCUGGCUCAGAUGACUCAAAAGGAUUGGUACCAUUAUGACGAGAAGGAUCUGGACGCGAACUUUGGAAAUAGUCGUCCAAGCCUUCCAGGUGCUAGCUAUAGCGACAUUUUCCAGAGAAUCAUAGGGGAUCCUGACUUCCCAUACCUAUCAUCAUCGGUUGGUAAAGUCCUCCCCGAUAGAGUCCUCAUUUCAGGCCACACCAGCCAAGACGGUUUACUCAAGCCGACAAUUGCACUCACCAUUGAGGUCAAAGCUCCUGCGGCUAUGAAGGAUGACAAGCGUCACAAACAUAUAUUCUCUGAGAUUCAAGACCUUCCAAGUGUUCGUGUUCCCAGAGGAACUGCUACGGAGUUCAUCUACCCCGAGGACCCGGAUACUACUGAUGGCCAGACACGGAUCUUAGUUCAGGUGUGGACCCAGAUGAUAAACAAAGAUUCUCGCCUUGGAAUCUUGUCAAGCGUAGAGGACACUUUUUUCCUUGCGCGUGACAAAGACACUCUAUAUCUCUCUCAGUCCUACGAGCUCGAUAAAGCACCUCAACUUCGUGUUUUCGCUUGGUUCGCUGUCGCCGUGGAUUUGAUCGAGUUCAGCGCCCUGCACCUUCCCGAUGCGCGAACAGACUGGUGGAAAGCAGAUCCCCAACAUGCCGUCGAUGUUGCUGGUGUGAAUAGAAGGCAUCGUACUGCUCACCAAGCCGAUUACUACCGAAUAGAACCCUCCUCAGCCGCUACCAAGGGGAUGACAAACCUCCGCAUAUAUAUAGCAGUCGCAGCCGCGGUCGAAGUCGCAACUGAGACAGCAUGUAUGCAGCUGAUUGAAGAACGUGAAUAUAUAGUCGACGCCCACAUAUGCAUGCUGGAUGAGGCAUUCCUCGAGCAGCUGAAUGCCAACAUGCUAGCUUUGUUGACGCCUCGGGCAUGGGAGAUGACAAAGUAUCAGGAUGCGUGA